GAGGUACCACGGCACCGAACACGCGCGGCAGCAGCAGCAGCAACGGGCGGAGGAUCAUUAAACACAGAGUCCCAAUCAGGGACAGACCGGGUCCGUUAUAGCUCCCUGUCCUGACCUCACUCAGACUACCUUAGACCUUUACCAGGGAGAAACCACGUUUCCACUGAGCGCCUCUCUGCUCCUCUGGGUUUGUUUUUAACGCACAAGUUGUUAAAACAGGGAAGUUUUUACGCACAGCAGCAUUUUUUGGAACCCCGUGAGAAAAAGGAAGAGCAUCUAUCUGAAGUAUCUGAGUCCAGAUACUGGAGUUAGACUCCUUGCGCUCCUCUCCUGCUUGAAACGCGUAUUCCUGUCUUUUAUUGGACCCUGGUUGUUUCUGUUUGUCUCUCAGGGACUCGUCGAAAAACCUUCCAACUUUCCAGGAACAAUAGAAAGGUUCUCUCAGUGUUUAACACACACACAGAGACAGAGAUAUAUCACUGAAGAAAGCAUCUCUGGUAGACUGAGACGUGGAUGUAUUUUCAGCCAUGGAUGUAACAGUUUACCCGCCUCCUCCUCAGCCUCUGACCGCCUCAGAACACACCAGACUGGGACAGCUCUCCUACUCUGAGCCGGCCUUUGGGACCAACAAGCUGGAUGGGGACACCAUGUUCCUGGGUGUGCAGGACGCGGGCCUUGAAUUCCCCUCAGCCAAUCAGUUCCGUGUGCCGCAGCCCCCUCAUCCUCACAGCAAGGUGACGCCCCACCAGCCCUCACAGCACUGGAGGAGAGAGACACACAUGGUGGACUCACAUCGUCUGCCCUGGUCAUACUCAGUGGGCGGUUUGGGCGAUGAUGACUACAACAUCCCACCCAUCACUCCUCCCACCCUGCCAGACCACAUGUUGCCCCCACAUCUGCCCCACGGUUCCCCCUCUGGACCGUACCAUCCUCUGGAGCCCCCGUCCAACUCAGGUUCACACCAUCCCUACCAGAUGUCCGGAAUGGAUCUGCCUGGCAUGACCGGAGGCCAAGACGGAGCUUCUAUGCUAAACCAAGAUGGUCGCACAUACAGUCCAAAUGGAGGCCCGAUGACCAGCACUCUGUCCGUGAUGCAGCAGAUGGUGAACUCUGAUUCUCGGUUUACCAGCAGCCAGCAGCCAAUCGAAGCGGCGCUCGGACCCAGGAGCCAAUCAGGCAUGGGCCAGCAGCCUCAAUUGUCCACCAUCAACCAAUCCCAGCUGGGGCUGAGCAGGAACUCCGUUACCCACAAUUCUCCUUCCCCUCCUGGAAGUAAAUCCGCCACACCAUCCCCCUCCAGCUCGGCACACGAGGACGAGAACGAUGACGGAAUCAGGGUCGCUGAGAAAAGACCAGCAACUGUGGACAUCUCCAAGAAACCCAAAACACCAAAGAAGAAGAAGCGAAAGGACCCCAACGAGCCAGUGAAGCCCGUGUCUGCUUAUGCUCUGUUCUUCAGGGACACUCAGGCCAACAUCAAGGCCCAGAACCCAAAUGCCACUUUUGGGGAAGUGUCAAAGAUCGUGGCCUCCAUGUGGGACGGCCUGGGAGAGGAGCAGAAACAGGUUUACAAGAAGAGGACCGAGACGGCUAAGAAGGAGUACCUGAAACAACUGGCAGCCUACAGAGCCAGCCUGGUGUCACAGAGUUACAAUGACCCGUCUGAAAUGAGGCCUCCCAUCUCUUCCUCCGCAUCUUCCUCCUCUUCUACCUCAAUGUACACACCCAAACCUUCAGUCUACCCUGGUCACCCAAGCCAGCACCCUUCCCAAAACUCCCUCGCCCAUCCUCACCCUCUCCCCCCCCCCCAGCAUCAGGGCAUGUACAUGUCUUACCCUCACCCGUCACACCCCUCCCACCCCUCCCACGCCUCCAGCCUCAGCCCUCACCUGCCCCCUCCUCACACCCAGAUCCAUCCCCAGCUCCAGGCUCUGUCCUCCAGAGGGGCCGUUCCGCGGCCCAGCGCCCCCCACCAGGGAGCUCUGUCCCUCGGCCACAUGGCUGCGGCAUCCACCCCUCCCCUCCAGGUCAGCCCUCCCCUCCACAGCCAGACACACCUGGGGGGGCUGCACAGUCCACACCAUCAGCACCAGCAGCUCGGUGGACACUCUAUGGGAAUGACACAUUCACCUGCCCAUCUCACAGGUCCCAGCAGUCUAUCUUUCAGGAGUCACACCUGUGGAGAGCUCAGAUCAGACCAUGUAGGGGAGAGAGUCACUCUGUGCGGCUGGGUCCAAUACCUCAGACAAGAUCUGUUCGUCAUCCUGCGAGAUUUCAGCGGCUUGACUCAAGUUCUUAUUCCUCAGGAAGAAUCUGCCGGUGAUUUGAAAGCGGUUCUGCGUGAUCUCACAACCGAAUCAGUCAUCAAGGUGACGGGAACAGUCAGACAACGACCAGAAGGACAGGAGAACAAGGCGAUGCCAACAGGAGAGAUAGAAGUCCAGGCUGAGAGCGUCGAGGUUUUCAACGUGAGCCAGAAGUUGCCUUUUGAAAUCAAAGACUUUGUCAAAAAAUCCGAGUCUUUGCGGAUGCAGUACCGUUACUUGGACCUGAGGUCCUCUCAGAUGCAGCAGAACCUUCGACUGAGAUCUCAGCUGGUGAUGAAGAUGAGAGAAUAUCUCUGUAAUGUGCACGGUUUUGUUGACGUAGAAACUCCAACUCUGUUUAAAAGAACACCGGGGGGAGCUAAAGAGUUUGUGGUUCCGUCCAGAGAGCCGGGUCGGUUCUACUCUCUACCUCAGAGUCCUCAGCAGUUUAAACAGCUGCUGAUGGUGGCCGGUAUCGACAGGUACUUCCAGAUGGCCCGCUGCUACAGAGAUGAAGGCUCCAAACCUGAUCGACAGCCGGAGUUCACCCAGGUAGACAUUGAGAUGUCUUUCGUGGACCAGGCAGGUAUCAUGUCUCUGGUGGAAGGUUUGAUCCAGUUCUCCUGGCCUGCAGAGAAAGGUCCCAUCGAGGUUCCUUUCCAAAGCAUGACGUAUGAAGAGGCCAUGAGGGACUAUGGCGUGGACAAGCCUGAUACCAGGUUCAGUAUGAAGCUGAUCGACCUCAGGGAGGUUUUCUUAUCUACAGAGAUUGAAUUCCUCAGAUCAGCUCUCAGCCAACCAGGAGGCUCCGUUCAGGCUGUCUGUAUCCCCAGUGGAGCGAAACUGUUUGCUGGGAGAGAUCUGGAAAACCUGAAGCAGACAGCAAAGACUCAGUUUGGUCAGGAGCUCAGUGUGGUUCUGGUCAAAGCAGACGGGUCAUUGAAGUCGCCUCUUAAAAAGCUGCUGUCUCCCUCAGCCACUGACGCGCUGCUGCAGAGGACUGCGGCCAAACCAGGAGACCUGCUCCUGAUAGCUGCAGGUUCCCUUCAGACUGUGCGGCCGUUGCUGGGGUCUCUUCGCCUGCAGUGUGCACAGCUCCUGGAGGCUCGGGGCGUUUCAGUGCGUGACCCGUCGGCCUUUCACUUCCUGUGGGUGGUGGACUUUCCUCUCUUCCUGCCCGGAGAAGAAGACCCGGAGCAGCUGGAGUCAGCCCAUCACCCGUUCACUGCUCCUCUCACAGAGGACACACCGUUACUUUACACAGAGCCACACAAGGUGCGCGGUCAGCACUACGACCUGGUGCUGAACGGCUGUGAGAUCGGAGGUGGAUCCAUACGCAUCCACAAGGCCUCCGUGCAGAAUCACAUCCUGAAGAACAUCCUCAAAGAGGAUCCCAGUCUUCUCUCUCACCUGCUGGAGGCUCUGGAUUCAGGAGCACCCCCACAUGGAGGCAUCGCUCUGGGUUUGGACCGCCUCGUGUCCAUCAUGGUCGGGGCUUCGAGUAUCCGUGACGUCAUUGCCUUCCCCAAGUCUUUCCGGGGCCACGACCUCAUGAGCUCCGCCCCUGAUUUUGUUUCAGACCAGGAGCUGAAGUCGUACCACAUCUCUGUCAACUGGCCGGCAGAUGAGCAACAAGGAGGAGGAGGAGAGGAGGAGGGAAAGUGAGGAAGCUGAGGAGGUCAAGAUGAAGACACAUCAGGGAAAGGAAGGAUGGCUUCCCCAGAUAUCUGUGACCCAGACGAGGAGCAGAGGAGCAGAAAACAGUGUGGAGCUAAAGUCUGUGAAAUGUCUUUCACUCUGUUGGCCUGCAGAUGUGAAGAGGAGGAGAGAAACUGAGGAAGUAGCUGCAUCUCAGUGCUGCUUCUUUGACACAGAAACAGACAUAAACACUGUGACAUGCUCAACAGAGAAGAACAUUUAUACAGAGUCUCAGUGAUACUUUGACUCUCUAUAGAAGACAUGAUUAAAUAUGAUCCUUUCUUGAUUACAGCAUCUUUAUACCACUGAUGAAGAAUGUCUUGAAAUCACUGACAUAUCAAAGACUCACAGCUGAUAAACUGACGACUGAGAUGAUUAUUUUAUAUGGUUUGUGUUGUGACAGUCCAAAGUUUGCUCCAGAGUGUUCCUGAGAAGAAUAAAAGUGAAACUCUUCAAACCUGA